UAUGACAAAUUAUGAAUCACCAGCAAGCAAUGAUAACUCAAAUCAAUUAAUAAAAAGUAAUGGAGAAAAUAAAGAACUUAUUUAUGACUUAGAUGAUCUUGAAGAACUUAUUGCUAUAUGCUUCCAAGAAAAAGAUGAAGAAGAGAAUGACCAUGUUUAA